AUGGCGCCACGAGGGAGCAAAUGACGUGCUUCGGAUGGGAAUUUGCAAAUUGAUCAUGCAUGGCACGCAGAACUCGACACUCCAGAGCAGACAGAGCCAACGCCUAUGCUACCACUUUGCGCACGUGGCAGCUCCUUGUCUCGUCCGACCCUCGGCGGAGCGUCCAACGUCCAUUAGGAAAUUAAUCGCUUGAUUAGUUCGUGCUAAGCUGACUCUGCAUCGUUCAUGUCGUCCGCGCCCUCUGAUCGGUCCGUCGGUCGAUCCGCUCUGUCGUGCUCAUCCUCUUCCUCCCUCCCUCUCCCACUCUCACUCUUCCUCCUCUGUCGUCGUGCCUUCCGGCGCAGGAAUUAAAAAAAGGGGUGGAAUCUGCGCGCCCGCUUGCUCGCCUGCUCGCCUGCCUCCUCGCUACCAUCUUCCGGGGCAUCGACUCGGGAAUUCACAAUGGCUACAAUGACGAUGAUGGCUGCGACGGUAGGCAAAGUAUCAUCCCGUUCGUCUUUUCAGAGUCCCAGCCCUGUUCUUCCCCGUUCCUUUUUGCAUGUGAGACUUUCUCACAGUCUUGAAGGGAUCAAAGUCCCACGGUUGAGGCAAAGUAUCAGGACUGCACGAAGAUGUGAGGUUACGCGAAUGAGCGUGAGUCUCAGCACUGACGCUGCUACCAGUGAUUCUGUCUUUGCCGAAUACAAACCCUCCACCGCAUUUCUGUUCCCUGGGCAGGGUGCUCAAGCGGUGGGCAUGGGCAAAGAUGCAGCAAGCAUUCCGGCUGCUGCUGCUCUUUUUGCGAAAGCCAAUGAGAUAUUAGGGUAUGAUCUGUUGGAUGUAUGCGUAAAUGGGCCAAAGGAGAAAUUGGAUUCGACAGUCAUCAGCCAGCCUGCCAUAUACGUUGCAAGUCUCGCUGCCGUGGAAGCUUUAAGGGCUCAGGAAGGUGGACAAGCCAUCAUAGACUCUGUUGACGUCACUUGUGGCUUGAGCCUGGGAGAAUACACAGCUCUAGCUUUUGCUGGAGCAUUCAGUUUUGAGGAUGGACUGAAGCUUGUAAAGCUUCGCGGAGAAGCUAUGCAGGCAGCAGCCGAUGCUGCACCAAGUGCGAUGUGCAGCGUGAUUGGGCUGGAUUCUGACAAAGUCGCUGCGCUUUGUGAGGCUGCCAAUGAAGAAGUCAGUGAAGAGGAAAAAGUGCAGAUUGCCAACUUCCUGUGUCCUGGCAAUUAUGCUGUGUCUGGAGGUGUGAAGGGAAUCGAAGCAGUCGAGGCCAAGGCCAAAUCUUUCAAAGCCCGUAUGACCGUACGACUCGCCGUGGCUGGUGCUUUUCACACUCGUUUCAUGAGCCCAGCUGUUUCCAAGCUGGAGUCUGCUCUUGCUGAAACCGAAAUCAAAACACCCAGGAUUCCUGUCAUAUCUAACGUGGACGGUGAGCCACAUUCAGAUGCAGCUGUCAUCAAGCAGAUCCUUGCAAAGCAGGUAACUUCCCCAGUCUUGUGGGAGAACUCGCUCAAAACCCUUUUGGAUAGGGGACUACAGAAUAGCUACGAGCUUGGCCCCGGCAAGGUUAUUGCGGGGAUUAUGAAGAGAAUCAACAAGACGGCACCCAUUGAGAAUAUUAGCGUCUAGACCGAUCACCAUUGAUACCACCAUUCUUUUGACAUGUCCUAAUGUCUAAUCGAGAUUGUUCCUUACGAAGGCGUUGUCAGGUUUAAGUUUCAGAUGUUGUCGAGUUUGAAGGUUUAGUAGUUGCGGUUGUGAAGCGGCAUUCCUUAUCUCAGGAGUAUUUGGCAACUGCUUACAUGAAGGUCGAGGCGAUAAUGGAAAUGGAAGCAUCAGAUAGGGCAUCGCAGUAAGCAGUUGCACAGGAAAAUGGUUUUGUCAGGUCUCUGUCACAGUUGUACCUUAGUUAGUUGCGGAAACUAGGACCACAUACCUGCUUUGCAUGUACUCUAAAUCUUUAGGCGUCAGAGCUGCUGUCGUCACCACUGUUCUUCACCUAUUUCGUAUGUCGUUGCGCGAGUUAAAGGUCACCAUAUUAACCGAAACUUACACUGUCUGCUCCAAUGUCAGAGGAGCACAACCAGAGUACAUGUUUCAUGGGACGAAAUGUUCUAACGUCUUCCUUGUUCCUUUGCAAAUCGAGACGGAGAAGCUUUACAAUAUCUACAUGUACAGAG